AUAAAGAGAACAGCCUGGAACAGCACAUUAUGUCAGAAUUUGCUAAGCUGCGACAGUUUCUCCAGGACAAGGAACAACAGCUGAUCCAACAGCUCAAAGAGGAAGCUGCAGGAAUUCUGGGAAAGAUGACAAAAAACUUAGAGAAUAUUGAAGAAAUGAAAAAGGCUAUUCAGAAGGAUAAAUCCAACAUUGAAUCAACAUUGCAGCAGGAAGACUCUGUACUUCUUCUCAAAGGAAUCACAGAUGAAAUAAAAAGCAUCAUGAAAAGACUAGAAGAAGAAGAAAAACAAAACAAAAUGAGGAAAGGUGUAUUUAAUGCUGAACUGGUUUCUGGCAGCCUAAAUCUUGGGGUAUACAGUGGCCCCCUGCAGUACAGCAUUUGGAAAGAAAUGCUGUCUGUCAUCAACCCAGGCCUGUCUCAUCUGACCUUGGACCCUAACACAGCAGAUCAUGGGUUCACUUUGUCUGAGAAUCUUACCAGUGUGAAGAGUAGUGUGAGCAAAUAUAUGUUAUUCAAUUUUAUUCUACCAUUCUCCAGCUUUGAUAAUGUUCGCUGUGUGCUGGCAUCAGAGGGUUUCACAUCAGGACGCUAUUACUGGGAGGUGGAGUGGGAAUCCUGGAAAGGCUGUCAGUUAGGUGUCACCAAAGAGUCCAGCAACAGGAAGCGGACAGCUACAGUGAGACCAAAGGAUGGAUACUGGGUAAUAUGUCUGUAUAAAGAGAGAUGUUAUCCUCGGGAUAUGUCAAACCUGUGGCUCAGACUAGGUGUGAAACCACAAAAGACUGGAGUGUACCUGGACUACGAGGGAGGUCAGGUGUCAUUUUACAAUGCAGAUAACAUGUCCCACAUCUACACCUUUACUGAUACUUUCACAGAGAGACUUUACCCUUGUUUUUUUCCUUAUAUUUUUUCAGAACCACUAAAACUAUUUCACCUAAAACUGUAAUGAUGAUUUGCACACACCAAUAUUUAUUGGCAAGGAAAUUAUUGAUGUAACCAAAUGUGUACAAAAUGCAUUUUAGUCACCAUAUAACAAAUAAAAACAUACCUGUUUCA